AUGGCAUCCUAUCAGCAAAUGUUGCACACUACACUCUGCAUCCACUUCCUCAUACUUGUUUUGGCAGAAGGCGCCACGAGAGUGUACUAUCUGGGUAUCUGUGAAGUGGAAUGGAACUAUGCUCCCUUGGGGAAGAACACAGUCACGGGACAAAACAUCACAAAUGACCUGGUAGCCUCUAGAUUCCUCCAGCCUGCCAAGGACAGAAUAGGCAGCGUCUACAGGAAAUCUGUCUAUAAGCAAUACUCCGAUUCCACGUACACGUCAGAAGUACCCAAACCUGACUGGCUCGGAUUCCUUGGGCCCAUCAUAAGAGCUGAAGUCAGUGACACCAUCAUCGUACACCUGAAAAACUUUGCCAGGCGGCCAUUCACCAUCCAUCCACAUGGCGUCUUCUAUAAGAAGGACUCAGAAGGGUCUCUGUAUCCUGAUAUGUCAUCACAGGACCUUAGGAAGGACGAUGCCAUCCCACCAGGGGGGAGCCACAUGUAUACUUGGACCAUUCCUGAGGCCCAUGGCCCAACGGCUGAUGAUCCAGGUUGUUUGACAUGGAUCUAUCAUUCGCACAUCAAUGCGCCAAAGGAUAUUGCCACGGGCUUAAUUGGGCCCUUGCUGAUAUGUAGAGAAGGAACUCUGAAAAACCUUUCUCAAAACCGCCGCGACAUGGAUCUUGAUUUCUUUCUGAUGAUCAGUGUGAUUGAUGAGAACGAAAGCUGGCACCUGGGUGAAAACAUUGCCUCAUUUUGCAGUGAGCCAGGCACUGUGGAUGAAGAGGACGAGGCCUUCAAGGAGAGCAACAAGAUGCAUGCAAUUAAUGGUUACAUAUUUGGAAACCUCCCCGAGAUGACCAUGUGUGCUGGGGAUCAUGUGUCAUGGCAUCUCUUUGGGAUGGGCAGUGAGACCGAUGUCCACACCGCCUUCUUCCAUGGACAGACCCUCAUUGUCCGGGGCCACAGGAGUGAUGUGGUCAGCCUCUUCCCAGCAACAUUUGUGGCAGCUGAAAUGAUCCCUCACAACAUUGGCAAAUGGCUGCUGAGCUGUGAGGUCCAUGAUCAUCUACAAGCGGGGAUGGAGGCUCUCUACACAGUGAAGAACUGCUCCUAUCAAAACCCAGAGCUUGCCCUGCAAGGGAAACUUCGGCAAUAUUACAUAGCAGCCAAAGAAGUCCAGUGGAAUUAUGGACCUUCGGGACUAGACCAGAGCACUGGGAAAAGCCUGCAGGAGCAAAACAGUUUCGCAGAGCAGUAUUUUAAGCAGAGUUCCGUUUGGAUUGGGGGGACAUACUGGAAAGCCAAAUAUAUUGAAUAUACGGAUGGAACUUUUCGGGUGGAGAAAGAGCAGAUGGAAGAAGAGAAACAUCUUGGGAUACUUGGACCAGUGAUCAAAGCCGAAGUGGGAGAUACCAUCCAGGUUACAUUUGCAAACAAAGCCUCCUGGCCAUUCAGUAUUCAGCCGCAUGGUGUGUUUUACGGGAAGGAGUGGGAAGGAACUCCGUACCAGGAUGGUUUGUCCAGGAACGGAGCUGUUGUGAAGCCUCAGGGGAACUUCACGUAUUGCUGGGUGGUACCGCAGCAUGUUGGUCCCACAGACACAGACCCUCCUUGCUUGACAUGGAUGUACUCUUCUGCCGUGGACCCCACCAGAGAUGCCAAUUCUGGCUUGGUAGGCCCCUUGCUCAUCUGUAGGCCUGGGACCCUCAAUGAAAGAAACCAUCAGAAAGGUGUUGAUAAGGAGUUUUAUCUCUUGUUUGGAGUGUUUAAUGAAAACCUAAGCUGGUAUCUGGAUGCAAAUUUGAAAUAUCUGAAAUAUUCCUUGAGGAAAGAUGAUGCAUUUGAAGAACAAGUCUUCAAGGAGUCCAACAGGAUGCACGCCAUAAAUGGAUUCAUGUUCAGUAAUUUGCCCCUCCUGAAUGUAUGCAAGGGAGAAACUGUUUCCUGGCAUGUCUUGGGCCUUGGGAGUGAAGCUGAUGUCCAUCAUGUAGCCUUCCAGGGAAAUACAGUCUUGAUGAAUGGGAUGAGGCAAAGUGGAGCCAAUCUCUUCCCUCACACCUUCGCCACCGCCCUUAUGCAACCUGAUAAUGAAGGAAUGUUUGAGGUGUACUGUCAGACUAGCAACCACUACCAGUCUGGGAUGAGGGGACGUUACUCAGUUCAGCAAUGUGGGAAGAAGGUGCCCAAGUUUCAUGGCCAAUGGUAUGAGCGGGUGAGGACCUUCUACAUCAUGGCAGAGGAGGUGGAGUGGGACUAUGCAGAAGAUCGUCACUGGGUGCUGGCAAGGCACAAUGGCUCAGAGGAGGAAAGCUAUGCCAAAGUAUUUCUCAGCCAUGAGAAUGGACUCCUUGGCUCCAGGUACAAGAAAGCUGUUUACAGGGAAUACACGGAUGGGACCUUCAGGACCCCAAAGAACAGGAGCAAUGGCGAGGAGCAUCUAGGGAUACUGGGUCCCUUUCUUUGGGCAGAAGUGGGAGAUGUCCUCAACAUCGUCUUUAGGAACAAUGCUUCACGGCCCUUUUCCAUUCAUGCCCACGGAGUAAUGGAAAAGCACAACAGCAACUCAGAAGCCGCAAUGCCGGGUGAAAUUAUAACAUAUCGGUGGAAUGUUCCUGAAAGAUCUGGUCCAGGACCAAAUGAUUCUGCUUGUGCAGCUUGGAUUUACUACUCCAGAGUAGACCCUGUAAAGGAUAUGUUUAGUGGCCUCCUCGGCCCCCUGAAGGUCUGCCGUAAAGGAACACUGGAUUUUGAUGGGAGAAGGAAAGGUGUAAGCAAGGAGUUUGCACUCCUCUUCUUAAUUUUUGAUGAAAACCAAUCCUGGUACCUGGAGGAGAAUGUGAAAAAAUACUCCAAAGGGGAUUGGAACCAUUCCCAUCGCCAGGAUGAAGAAUUUGUAGAAAGCAACAAAAUGCACGCCAUCAAUGGUAAGCUGUAUGCAAACCUGCCUGGGCUGAUGAUGUAUGAAGGAGACUGGGUGAACUGGUAUCUAAUGGGAAUGGGCCAGGAGAUUGAUGUGCAUACGAUUCACUUCCACGCUGAGACGUUUGUAUACCGGAAUGGCAAGAGUUACAGAGCAGAUGUGGUGGACCUCUUCCCUGGGACCUUUGAAAUGGUGGAGAUGCUGGUUGGCAACCCUGGCACAUGGCUGCUUCACUGCCACGUGGCUGACCACAUCCAUGCUGGCAUGGAGACGCUUUUCACAAUCUUGCCCAGGCCAGGCCCAGCUAGGUCAAAUGCAAGCAACCCUGCCACUUCCAAAUCUCCUGAAGAGAAAGACUUUCCCCAUCACAUCCUUUUGUUUGGCUCAGAACUGGUGCCUGGGCAAGUAGAAGCCACAAUUAUUAUUCUUGCAGUCACUGGGAUUGUGCUAUUCUUCAUCACCGUUGUCCUUCUGGGUGUUAUUGUUUAUCUUCAGAGGCAGAAAAGGCUUAGACGCAACAGGCGCUCCAUACUGGAUGAAGGUUUCAAGCUUAUGUCUACAAAAAAACAGGACCUUUAGAAGGGAGUGGAGCUCUUUAUGACCAUUCACAGGGGGAAAUAUCCCAAAAUAUCUUUUUUU